GAGAGGGCUGUGCACAAUCAAGAGAAACCAAUUCUGAAGCUCAUCAACAUUGGGAAAUGGAUGGCAAGAGAACAGACGCAUCGGAGGUGCUGUUGAUCCCAAAGCGGACAAAAGUCAGAGCAAGACGGCGAUACCAGGAAUGAGAACGACAAAAAAUCGAGGUUUUUCCGUGUCGGCCGCAGUCAUGGAGUAGGAAGCAGCGUUGGAGCAAAGUUUCUGUUAAAUCCAUUGCUUUUAAUGCGGCGAGGCUCAAGCCAAAUGCAAUCCCAAGAAAUGCCGUCACCAAGCAAUACGGAUAUCAUGGAGUCCUUGGGCGAAAUGCGUCCAUAUCACGACUCAAGGGAUUCAGAGAGAUCGGAUCAUUAUAAGCGCUUGGGGCUCCAGGAUGUUCGCCAUACUACCUCAACAGACGAAGAUAUUGCUGUAAACAUAACCCGACAACAGAAUGAUAACACAACCAGAAAGAAUGCUAUGUCACCGACUGCUGUUUUAGAUAUCAGUUUUGACCAUGAGGUAACAUACGACUCCAUCACUGCACAAGGCUCGCCCAUCGAUUCCAAUAUCCCGACUUUAACCCCCGCAGCGAUCGCCAGACCAACCUCGAGGCUUGGGCGGCUCGGGCGAUUCAAGUUCCCUUCGAUUUCAAUGGGUGGCAUUCAAAGGAGUAAAGGCUCAGGAGGGUCAAACCCAGCAGAUACCAUGCCCGACCCAGUGCAACUCAAUAUAAGGCGUGGUUCCCUAUCGGCACUAAUGGUCAAACCAUUUCGAGAUGUCUCUGUAAGAUAUGCGGCCAUGCACUUCUCGAAUUCGGCGUCAACGAUUGCCACAGCUAACACACCAGCCAUGACAAUCUUGGGACAGAUAACUCCAGGGAGUGACAGCUACAGUAGCAUCAGUAGUAGCCAUAAUGGCCUUGAUGCGAGCAGCAGCGCCAACAAAAAAUCCUGGCAAUCGCUUUCCGGGCUCUCGGACGCGAAUGCUCAUCAUCCUCACCACAGUUCCAAGGCUGUUCCAAGUAUGUACAUGACGUCCAACCAACAGCCUAGCGCUGUUAUGUCGAAUGAAAGGUCAUUCGCAGUUGUCAAGGAUGCAGAGCACCACAACACCAUUCCUCAGAAUCAUCGCAGCGGCAUGAACAACAUUUUUGGAUCAGAGAGAUUUACGAGUAGCUCGAGCGGAAGCCAUGGUCAAGUAUACGGGCCCAAAACUAGCAUCAAAAGCGGACAUGGACCUCAGCAUGCACACGGUUCUUCGAGAAGGACCGUCAGCGCUAGCCAGAUUUUUCCCAACUCGAUAUCUGGGCUGGAUGGAGUUGAUAAAAAUACCCCUUCGGCAUCGCAAGAAGGCUAUCAAUCAUCUGUAUGCUAUUUUCAAAGCGAGCGAGGAAUAGAGCAGGCAGGUAGCGGAAAGGAAAUCGAGCCUCGGAAGACAGAACUAGAAAGGGCUCAAAGUGAAGAAGAGCGAUCGGUAGGGCGAUACCUUUUUGGCAACGAACUCAGCAACAUGUCCUUUGGUGAAACGGGCACAUUUUCAAAGGCGACCAUAGUGAGCGCAAAUAUGGUGGAAAAAAGUACGAAUACCAGAGCCGUAUUCAAGUUCCCGGCAGCCUCAGCGUCCAUGGAUAAAUUAUCAGCAUCAACGAAGCCAGGCGCAAGUUUCCCGUCCACAGCACAGGACUCAAAUCCAGCAUCCAAUCAGCUAAAUUCUGAAACCAGGCGCAAGUCAGACUCCUCGCUUCUGAAUAUAACAGGCUCUUCCAUAUCCGCCUCAUCAGGAACUGUCUUGGAGUCGAGAGUGCCGAUGUCUCCAGUACGACGGUAUUUCCAAGAGGCCACUAUCGCCUCCGGGUCGGGUUUGUCCCUCAGAAACGUUACAGGGGCGAAGUCUGCGCUGACGAUAUCAACAAAGGGUUCAUCGAGCUCGACUUCGGUUUCGUCAGUACCACUGUCCCCUUUAGCUAUCGCCAACGCAAGGCUCAACAGGAAACAUAAUAUAUCGCUUGGCGAAUAUAAGUUCCCGCCUUCGUCAUCUGGAACUUCAGUAUCGCAAUCUUCUAUCCCACCAAAGCCCAAGUACUCCAUGGCUGGGUUAUCCAACAAUAGCUCAAUUCCAUCCAUCUAUACUUUAAAUUCCGGCGCAUCUUCCUCCACCACCACAUCCGCAUUGAACUUGGCGAUGUCUCUCCCCUGUACUUCUGCAGCCACACCUAACAUGUGUUUUGGGUCAAAGACCAACUCGACUGCCUCAGGACGAAAUCCCGAUAUCCGCCAUUUGGAACCCAGAAGUGCCGUUGCCGACUAUACCCCUACCAUCCAUUACAAGAGGCAGCGAAGCAUGUCACUGCAAGACGCAGAUCUCUUGACAGCAGAUCAAUUUAUCACCCUCAUGCCAGAUGACGUGUCGCCCAAACGGAGGUUUAGCUCAGAAGAAACCGUACCUGAAAACGCCUGGUACGGCAACUCAAGAAGAAAGAACGUGCCACAACCAGACCCUGCAGCAACCUUGAGGUCGCUACUGAGUGCACUGCAGGUCAAGUGUGGAUUAGUAAUCCAGCAUCUCGAUGCCGUUUCAGUAUCUGUCUCAGUUAGCCCCGCGAAGGACGUUGGAGCUGACAUAAUUACAGAGGCAAUCGGCACUAACAUGGCGACACAUCAGAAGACAUUCCAGAACAAUUCAAAGGAGGUUGAUGUAGCAGCGAAACCCUCAGGGGGAUCUGCAGUUUCAGCCCAAGGCACCGAGGGGAAACCCGAACUUCAGUACGGAAACCAGUCAUUAAACAAGGACAACAGAGCUUUGGUUGACGUUGUAAGGAAAGGAAGGCCACCGGAUCAAGCGAGGGUACUAGAGAAUGAUCAGAAUGCGAAGGAGCGACGAGAAGACACCAGCGGACGAAAUUAUAAAGCACAGGAUACGGACAUCAGGACCGACAUGGAUGCAGUUGAUUCCAAAAAAGAUCUGGUCGAGUCUAUAAUUACACUAUUCGAUGAAGUGGAUUACGCCAUGAAUCAGAUGGUUGAGAUCAUGACCAAGUGCAUCUCGACAGAGCAGCUUUCUAGCCUUUCCAAAGAGCUAGAUAGUAUGUGUUUUCUGGCCCAGCAGGUCCUUCAUGUCGAGACAGAUGGUGAUCGAAUGUCGGAGGGCCAGUCAGUAGGGCGUGAAGAGUCCGAUAAUUGUUCAGCCGCCAAGGCCAACGCUGCAGAGGGUGAGAAAGAGCUGCGUUUUAGUCGUACAUCACUGGACCAAGGAUUAACCACUGCUGGAAUGGAUACGGCUUCUACACCAGAAAUCAUUGGAGGGACAGGUCGUUUAGAAGUAGGGCAUGUCAAAAAUGACUCAGUAGAUCAAACCCGCCUCGAUGCAACUCAACCCCAACACAGGCCCCAGUACCGGCAACAAUCGCAGGAUAUCAAGUCGAAAGGUGCCGCCGGGGGGUCAGGGACGAUGCAGGAGAUACAAAAGGAGACUGUCAAAAACUACGUAGGUGUAAUAAGGUGAUAACGCCCAUUGAAGUGUUCUAUGGUUGCCUGUGGCCAUGCGGCAUAAUAACAUGCGUCCUUUAUCUAGGUUCAAAGAAUACUCUUGACAGCUGAAAGCUGUGUCAGUGAUUACAUGAAAA